GUCACAGUCAGAGACACAAUUUCCGUCCAACAAUCUCUUCCCUAACGCCGUCAUAACGUUUCGUCUUUCAUUCCGCCAACUCUGAAACGGACGCCACCUUCUUAUAUAUAUAGCGCCUUCCCUUUCCGUUUGCGUGUUAAUCGAUAGAAGAACCUUUGAGCCAUAAAUUUCAAUACGAUCGAACAUUUCUGAACCACUGAAGAAUAUCUGAUUCUGUGGGAAAAGCUUCUCAGUCUUUCAAGGAGAUAAGCAACAAUGUCUUCACUUGCGGCUGCUAGAGCGGACAACUUUUACUAUCCUCCAGAAUGGGAACCGAGUCAGGGUUCACUGAACAAGUUUCAUGGUCAACAUGCCUUGAGGGAGAGGGCAAGAAAAUUGGAUCAGGGUAUCCUGAUUAUAAGGUUUGAGAUGCCUUUUCAUAUAUGGUGUGGAGGAUGCAAUUCAAUGAUUGCAAAAGGUGUUCGGUUCAAUGCAGAGAAAAAACAAGUUGGAAAUUAUUACUCAACGAAGAUAUGGAGCUUUACUAUGAAGUCUGCCUGCUGUAAACAUGAGAUUGUAAUUCAGACCGAUCCUAAGAAUUGUGAAUAUGUCAUUAUUAGUGGGGCCCAGAAAAAAAAUGAAGAUUUUGAUGUUGAGGAUGCUGAAACUUUUGAAUUACCUGCUGAUGAAGAGAGGGGUAAGCUUGCAGAUCCAUUUUAUCGCCUUGAACACCAGGAAGAGGAUAUGAAGAAAAAGAAGGAAGCUGAGCCAGUGCUUGUACGUCUCCAGCGGAUGUCUGAUACCAGGCAUUCAGAUGACUAUUCUCUCAAUAAGACUCUUCGGGCCCAGCUUAGAGGUCAAAAGAAAAGAGUUGCUGAAGAAGAGAAUGCUUCCAGGAAAAGAGGCCUUGGCAUAAGAUUACUUCCAGCUACAGAACAAGAUGCUGCCACAGCAAAACAAGUGAAGUUUCCAACCAAGUUUGACAAGAAUAGGAAGGACAAGAGGGCAUUGAUCAGUGCUGGAUCCAUCUUCGCUGGAGUGUCUAGCUAUUCAAUGCCCGAUAAGAGAAGACAAGACCUAGAGUCUAAACGAAGAAAAAUUUCUGCAUCUUCAGCGUCAAGCCUUCUAGCUGGUGGAUUUAAGCCAUCAUCGUUGUCAAAGGGUGCUGUUUUGUCAAGCAGGCAAAAGGGUGGAGUUUCAGUGACUGUAAGGCGUUAGAAAGCUGAAACAUGUCUGUGACACUGCCUAGCAUUGGCAAUUGCUUUUGUGAUAAAUUUGUAUUUAUAUUUUCAUCUUCUCUUCCCUCCCCACGAAAUGAAAUUAAAUAAAAGCUUGUUUGUUCUUCA